AUGUCUUUAGAACAACAACAAAACGUCGCCGAACAAGAUCCUUUGGAAGGAUGCCAAUUAACAAAUAGUGGAAAACAUUUAUCCCUUGUAGGAAAGGACAUUUCGAUAAUUCCUUCGGCCUUGUUUAGUAGAUUUGGUGCUUCUAUUGAAUCAUUGGAUUUUAGUUUUAAUAAUUUGAAGAGAGUGGAAAAUUUAAAUAGAUUUACAGCCUUGAAAUCUCUCGUACUUGAUAAUAAUUCUAUUGAUGAUGUUAAACAUUUCCCAAGUUUGUCAAAUCUGGAAACAUUAUGGAUGAAUAACAAUAGUAUUUAUGAUUUGGAUGCUACUAUUGAAGCUUGUCUUCAAAAAUUCCCUAAACUUAUUUACUUGAGUUUACUGAAAAACCCAGCUUGUCCAAAUGAAUUUACUGGAAAUGAUACUGAUGACUAUCAACAUUACAGACUUUAUGUACUUUAUAGAAUGCCAAAUUUGAAGUUUUUGGAUUCCCGACAAGUAACAGAUGAAGAAAGAAAAGAAGCAGCUAGAAGAGGUAAAUUCUGUAAAGUAGUCACUCCAGAUUAUUCUCAAUUGCAACAACAAUCGGAUGAUACUGCUGACGAUAGUCCUAAAGUUGAUUAUCUUGCUGCAAAGGAUUAUUAUGAUAAGGAAAAAACACACUCAUAUUUUGGAUAUACUAGACAUGUGUAUACUGGUAAACACAGUGAAGGAAAUAGAUUUAUCAAGAAUAACGACUUAUAA